CGGGGAAGUGGGUGGGUGGGUGGGUUGUCUGGUAGGGAGGAGAUUGUGCAAGUUGUAGGGGAGGGGGUGCCCUCUUCUUCCCUGCUCCCUUUACCCCCUUCGAACUCCUUCCCCCCUCCUUCCCCUCCCCCUUCUCCCUCCCCGCCCCCACCUCCUUCCUCCUUUCCGAAGGGCUGGUAACUUGUUGUGCGGAGCGAGCGGCGGCAGCGGCGGCACCAUCCAGGCGGGCACCAUGGGCACGUCCGCGCGCUGGGCGCUCUGGCUGCUGCUCGCGCUGUGCUGGGCGCCCCGGGAGAGCGGCGCCACUGGAGCUGGAAGAAAAGCCAAAUGUGAACCCUCCCAAUUCCAGUGCACGAAUGGCCGCUGUAUCACGCUGUUGUGGAAGUGCGACGGGGACGAGGACUGCGCUGACGGCAGCGACGAGAGGAACUGUGUGAAGAAGACGUGUGCAGAGUCUGACUUUGUGUGCAACAAUGGCCAGUGUGUUCCCAACCGAUGGCAGUGUGAUGGGGAUCCUGACUGUGAAGACGGCUCUGAUGAGAGCCCGGAACAGUGCCAUAUGAGAACUUGCCGUAUAAAUGAGAUCAGCUGCGGCGCCCGCUCCACUCAGUGCAUCCCCGUGUCCUGGCGAUGCGAUGGUGAAAGUGAUUGUGACAGUGGAGAAGACGAGGAAAACUGUGGCAACAUAACAUGUAGCCCCGAUGAGUUCACGUGCUCCAGUGGCCGCUGCAUCUCCAGGAAUUUCGUGUGCAACGGCCAGGAUGACUGUAGCGAUGGCAGCGAUGAGCUGGACUGCGCUCCCCCGACCUGCGGGCCCCACGAGUUCCAAUGCAGCACCUCCUCCUGCAUCCCCAUCAGCUGGGUGUGCGACGAUGACGCGGACUGCUCGGACCAGUCGGAUGAGUCGCUCGAGCAGUGUGGCCGCCAGCCAGUGAUCCACACCAGGUGCCCGGCCAGCGAGAUCCAGUGCGGCUCUGGCGAGUGCAUCCACAAGAAGUGGCGAUGCGACGGGGAUCCUGACUGUAAGGACGGCAGCGACGAGGUCAACUGCCCUUCUCGAACGUGCCGACCCGACCAGUUUGAGUGCGAGGAUGGGAGCUGCAUCCAUGGCAGCAGGCAGUGUAACGGCAUCCGAGACUGCGUCGACGGUUCUGAUGAAGUCAACUGCAAAAAUGUCAAUCAGUGCUUGGGCCCCGGAAAAUUCAAGUGCAGAAGCGGGGAAUGCAUAGAUAUGAGUAAAGUGUGUAACCAAGAGCAGGACUGCAGGGACUGGAGUGACGAGCCCCUGAAAGAAUGUCAUGUAAAUGAAUGCUUGGUUAAUAAUGGCGGAUGUUCCCAUAUCUGCAAAGACCUAGUUAUAGGCUAUGAAUGUGACUGUGCAGCUGGGUUUGAACUGAUAGAUAGGAAAACGUGUGGAGAUAUUGAUGAAUGCCAAAAUCCGGGAAUCUGCAGUCAAAUUUGUAUCAACUUAAAAGGCGGUUACAAGUGUGAAUGUAGUCGUGGCUAUCAAAUGGAUCUUGCCACUGGCGUGUGCAAGGCAGUAGGCAAAGAGCCCAGUCUGAUCUUCACCAAUAGAAGAGACAUCAGGAAGAUUGGCCUGGAGAGAAAAGAAUAUAUCCAACUAGUUGAACAGCUAAGAAACACUGUGGCUCUCGAUGCUGAUAUUGCUGCUCAGAAACUAUUCUGGGCUGAUUUGAGCCAAAAGGCCAUCUUCAGUGCCUCAAUUGAUGACAAGGUUGGUAGACAUGUUAAAAUGAUCGACAAUGUCUAUAAUCCUGCAGCCAUUGCAGUUGAUUGGGUGUACAAGACCAUCUACUGGACUGAUGCGGCUUCUAAGACUAUUUCAGUAGCUACCCUAGACGGAACCAAGAGGAAGUUCCUGUUUAGCUCGGACUUGCGAGAGCCUGCCUCCAUAGCCGUGGACCCACUGUCGGGCUUUGUUUACUGGUCAGACUGGGGUGAGCCAGCUAAAAUAGAAAAAGCAGGAAUGAAUGGAUUUGAUAGACGGGCCCUGGUGACAGCGGACAUCCAAUGGCCCAAUGGAAUCACACUUGACCUUAUAAAGGGCCGCCUCUAUUGGCUGGAUUCCAAAUUGCACAUGUUGUCCAGUGUGGACCUGAACGGCCAAGAUCGCCGGAUAGUCCUCAAGUCUCUGGAGUUCCUAGCUCAUCCUCUGGCGCUAACGAUAUUUGAGGAUCGUGUCUACUGGAUAGACGGGGAAAACGAAGCAGUCUAUGGUGCCAAUAAAUUCACUGGAUUAGAGCUUGCCACUCUGGUGAACAACCUGAAUGAUGCCCAGGACAUCAUUGUCUAUCAUGAACUUGUCCAGCCCUCAGGUAAAAAUUGGUGUGAAGAAGACAUGGAGAAUGGGGGAUGUGAAUACCUCUGCCUGCCAGCCCCGCAGAUCAGUGACCACUCUCCAAAGUACACCUGUUCCUGUCCCAGUGGGCACAGUCUAGAGGACAACGGCCGGGGGUGCCAAAGCACUGCAGCUACUGUGGCUUACAAUGAGAAUAAAGAUACCAACACAACAGAAAUUUCACCAACUAGUGGACUAGUUCCUGGAGGGAUCAACGUGACCACAGCAGUAUCGGAAGUCAGUGUUCCCCCAAAAGGGACUUCUGCUGCCUGGGCCAUCCUUCCCCUCUUGCUCCUGGCAAUGGCAGCAGUGGGUGGCUACUUGAUGUGGCGGAAUUGGCAGCACAAGAACAUGAAAAGCAUGAACUUCGACAAUCCUGUGUACCUGAAGACCACGGAGGAGGACCUGUCAAUAGACAUCGGUAGACACGGCGCUUCUGUUGGACACACGUACCCGGCAAUAUCAGUUGUAAGCACAGACGAUGAUCUAGCUUGACUUCUGAGACAAGUCACGACCUCUGAGGUCUAAACCAGUAAAAGCCCCACUUCGGAAUGGUAACCGAGCCAGCAGCUGAAGUCUCUUCCUCCAGUUUGGAAGAACAUCAAGAUAUCUUUGCGUGGAUCAAGCUUGUAUACUUAACCCUUUUUAUAUUACUUUUGUAAAUAUUCCUGUCCACAUUCUACUUCAGCUUUGGACGUGGUUACCAAGAGUGUCUGUAACCCUUGAACUUCUAGACAGUAUUGCCACCUCUGGCCAAAUAUGCACUUUCCCUAGAAAGCCAUAUUCCAGCAAUGAACCUUGUGCUAUAGUGUAUACCACCUGUACAUACACUGUAUAGGCAUCUGUAAAUACCCCGGAGAACAAUCACUAUUCUUAAGCACUUUGAAAAUAUUUCUAUGUAAAUUAUUGUAAACUUUUUUCAAUGGUUGGGACAAUGGCAAUAGGAUAAAACGGGUUACUAAGAUGAAAUUGCCAAAAAAAAAAUUUGUAAACUAAUUUUGUACGUAUGAAUGAAAUCUUUGACCUCAGUGGAGGUUUGCAAAGACUAAGUGUUCAAACUACUGUACAUUUUUUUUUCCAAGUGCUAAAAAAAUUAAACCAAGCAGCUUAACCGUG